GUUUGGACGGGACGUCGGAGGACAUCGACAGAAGGAAAGAGGAGUUUGGACGAAACCUCAUCCCUCCUAAAAAGCCAAAAACCUUUUUGCAGUUAGUAUGGGAAGCCCUGCAGGAUGUCACACUCAUCAUCCUGGAGGUGGCAGCCAUCAUUUCUCUAGGCCUUUCUUUCUACAGUCCGCCCAACGCCGAAAGACAGAACUGCGGCAGUGCGGCCGGCGGCGUGGACGAGGACGGCGAGGCGGAGGCCGGCUGGAUCGAGGGCGCCGCCAUCCUGCUGUCGGUGGUCUGCGUGGUCCUGGUUACCGCCUUCAACGACUGGAGCAAAGAGAAGCAGUUUCGAGGCCUCCAGAACCGCAUCGAGCAGGAGCAGAAGUUCACCGUGGUGCGAGGGGGGCAGAUGCUCCAGAUCCUGGUGUCAGAGAUCGUCGUAGGGGACAUCGCACAAGUCAAAUAUGGUGACCUCCUGCCGACUGACGGCAUCCUGAUUCAGGGCAACGAUCUGAAGAUUGACGAGAGCUCUCUGACCGGAGAGUCGGACCACGUGAAGAAGAGCGUCGACAAGGACCCCAUGUUGCUGUCAG